AUGAAUUUGACGUUGAAGAAUGUUAUUCAAACGUCUGAUAGAGGUGAUUCUUUCAUGAGCAUUCCUGAAAUUUAUAUUAGAGGUAAUCACAUCAAGUACUUGAGGUUGCCGGAAGAGGUAAGUAAAUUUUGA